AUGCUGGUCCCUCAACUUCUGAUGAUUUAUAUCGAUGACUUAGAUGAGGGGAAGAAAUGUAUGAUUGUUAAACUUGCAGAUGACACAAAGAAAGUUACUCUCUUGCAAUCCACCACUAACCUCAUUGCUUGGCAAUGUAACUUUUUUUUGCACAGCGGGCAGAAAAUAGAGCCGCUGCUGGUAGUGCAUGUCGGGAAUUGUAGUACAGGAGUGGAGGUUUCGCUCGGGUUGCGCGAGGGGAGGGACUACAGCUCCCAGGGUGCAGCGCGGCGGGGGCGUGCGCGCGCGCUGGGAAGGCGGGGCCGCGGCUACGGGCCUUCCAUACGGGUCCCUCACACGGGGGACGGGAGCAGGAUCGUGAUGAGCUGGGCGGACGGUGAGAAGGCGAGGGGCCGCCCUCGGGACCAGGCCGAGCCUGAGUCUGAGCCGCACGGCGCCAAGAGGCCCGCUUCACCCAACAAUAAAGGAUGUAGCACAAACUGGGAAUCAGCUGAUUUGGGUGAUGAUGAGCGGAAAUUAAAAUUCUUAAGACUAAUGGGAGCUGGGAAGAAAGAUCAUACUGGGCGCCCACAUCCAGGAGACCAUAAAUCAACCUCAUUGUUUAGGACAGGUGAUGAAGAUAAGAAAAUAAAUGAGGAACUGGAACAUCAGUUUCAUCAGAGCUUAGACAGUCAGCUAUCAGGAAGGAACAGACGACACUGUGGAUUAGGCUUCAGUGAGGUAAAGGAGAUGCUGUUACCACU